AUGUCGUCACAGUUUAAGCAAUUAGAAAAGUUAGGGAAUGGUACUUAUGCAACAGUGUAUAAGGGGUUGAAUAAAACCACCGGUGUAUAUGUUGCUUUAAAGGAAGUGAAGCUAGAUUCAGAAGAAGGUACACCAUCAACUGCGAUCCGUGAAAUAUCUUUGAUGAAGGAAUUAAAGCAUGAGAAUAUUGUACGUCUGUAUGAUGUGAUUCAUACUGAAAAUAAAUUAACGUUAGUAUUUGAAUAUAUGGAUAACGAUUUAAAAAAAUAUAUGGAUUCCUUAACAGUAGGAAACAACCCUCAAGGAUUAGAAUUACAUUUAGUGAAAUAUUUCCAAUGGCAAUUAUUAGAAGGAUUAGCAUUUUGUCAUGAGAAUAAAAUCUUGCAUCGUGAUUUAAAACCGCAAAAUUUGUUAAUUAAUAAAAGAGGACAAUUGAAACUUGGUGAUUUCGGUUUAGCUAGAGCCUUUGGUAUCCCUGUAAAUACAUUUUCAAGUGAAGUAGUGACAUUAUGGUACCGUGCACCCGAUGUUCUAAUGGGUUCCAGAACAUAUACUACAUCGAUCGACAUUUGGUCAUGUGGUUGUAUUCUAGCAGAGAUGAUUACUGGGAAACCAUUAUUUCCAGGGACAAACGAUGAAGAGCAAUUGAAAUUAAUCUUUGAGAUGAUGGGUAUGCCUACAGAGGCCAACUGGCCAGGUGUUAGUCAGUUGCCUAAAUAUGCCACAAGUAGUGCCAGUUUCCAACAACAAUAUCCUCAGCAACAACAAUCAAAGGAUCUAAAAGUAUUAUUACAAGCUAAUUGCAAAGAGAAAUUAGACGAUGUUGUAAUCAAUCUUCUUCACGGCUUGUUACAACUGAACCCAGAUAUGCGCCUCAGCGCUAAACAGGCUCUUCAUCAUACUUGGUUCUCUGAGUACUACCAAAGACAGACUUGA